AUGACUAAAAUUGAAUUCGGAGAAAAAACACGUCUUGAUCAUUAUUUAAUGGAUCAAGAACUUGUGUAUGUUAAUCAUGGUAGUUAUGGACCAUGUCCUCGUUUUGUUUAUGAUGAAUUACAACGCAUACGUUUACUACAAGAAGGAAAUCCUGAUCAUUGGUUUCGUUCAUUAAAAUAUACUUUAUAUGCUGAUUGUGUACGAGCUGCAGCUAAUCGACUCGAUUGUAAUUUCGAACAGAUUACUCUUGUUGAUAAUGCAACUGUUGGUGUAAAUGCUUUAAUAAAAUCAUCUUUACCAACAUCUAGACCAAUAUCAAAUGGAACUAUUUUAUGUACGAAUUUAGCGUAUGGUUCAGUUUUAUUUACUAUUGAAGAAGCUGCUAAACAACGUGGAUGGAAAGUACGAAUGAUAAAUAUUCGACAUCCAAUUGAAAAUAAACAAUCAUUCAUUCAACAAUUUCAAGAUGAAUUGAAUAAAGGUGAUGUUGAAAAUAUUCGUCUUGCUGUUAUCGAUCAUAUUACAAGUGCAACAGCAAUUCUUCUUCCAAUUGUUGAACUCACUGAUCUUUUGCAUUCCUAUAAAAUUCCAGUACUUGUUGAUGGAGCACAUGGACCAGGUCAAGCUGUUCCACAUUUCUCAUUAAAUAAACUUACUUGUGAUUAUUAUGUUGGUACAUUUCAUAAAUGGAUGUAUGCUGCAAGAGGUUGUUCAUUUCUUUUUAUUCGCAAUACAGAAGUUGCUAAUCAAGUUCAACCUGCUAAUACCUCGUGGGGUUAUCGCCCAUCUGCACUUCAACUUGAUGCGAUGACACAUUUUCAUUUACAGUUCUUUCAUCAAGGUACACGUGAUGAAUCUGCUCUAUUUACUUUACCAAAAGCAAUUGAAUUUGCUGAUCAAUUAGCUGGUGGAUUCGAUGAAAUUUAUCAAUAUAAUUCUACUUUAAGUCAAGAAGCUAAAACACUUCUUGAACAACGUUGGAAUACACAAGGAAAAGAUAUAGUUCCAAAGGAUAUGCAAGCACCGUAUCUAAAAAUGAUUCAAUUACCUGAUUUAGAAGAAUAUAAAAAGACUGAAGAAGAUGCUUUACGUCUUUUAACUGAUUUGAUUAAAGAUUAUAAACUUGUUUCAAUUAUUUUACAUCUUCGUUCAUUAUGUAUCCGAAAAUUAAUCUCAAACGAAAAAUAUUUAAUUUCAUGUCUUCAACAAAAAUCGAUACUAUUAUCAACACCAGGAAAUAUAUUUUAUUCAAUAGGACAAGAAGCUAUAUUUAUGAAUGAAUAUCAAAUAAUUGAAAUUCUUAUUGCUUAUUGGCCAUUGAAUCAUUUAGAAAUUUAUCGUCUUUUACCUUUAUCAUCAUUAUUAGUUUAUAUAAAUAAUAAUCAACAACAAGAUGAUGAAAUUGAUUCAAUUGCAAAAUUUUUAGAAAAAAAAUUACCCGAUGGUUCAACUUUACUUGAUUAUAUUGUAAUGGGUUUAGUGAAUAAACAUAAAGAUUUAUCACUUUUAAAAAUUGUUGAUUUUCAUCGAUGUUCAACAACUAUUCAAAUGACAAAAGAACUUUUUCGUUUACCGUUAUUAUGGAUUGCACCUGAACGACGUUCUUUAUUACAAAAACGAAUGUAUAUUGAAAAGACUAAAUUAGAAAAAUAUAUUGAAGGAUUUAAUUAUGUUUAUCAAUAUUAUGAUAAAUCGAUUGCACAUGAAACUAAUUUUGAACCAAUCAAAAUUAUUCUUGAUUGUCAGAUUAUAAAUGAAGAUUCACUUGUUGGUCUUGAACUUCAACAAUUAACACCAUUUCGAUUUCAUUUUCGUAAAUUAUGGAUAAAUAAUUAUGUUCGACAAAUUCUAACAUCUCAUACAUCAUUUGAUAUUAAUUUGGUUUUGAAUCUAACAAAUGUUGAUAAUAUUACACAUCUUCAUUUAAGUGAUACAAAUAUGGAAACAACAGAAAAUGAAUUAACAUUACUUGUUCGAAGUCUAUCGAAUUUACGAAAUUUACGUGUACUUUGUUUACAACGUGUUCUUAAUUUAUAUCCUCAUCGUUAUACAGCACCACAUAUAUUAACGAAUCUAUGUACUGAUUUCAAUCGUUUACUUCGUCGUUUAAUUUAUUUACGAAGACUUGAUUUAUCUUAUUCAUAUCUUCAAUCGUAUAUAAGAAUUUUAUUUAGUGGUCUUAUUCAACCACUUGAAUAUCUUAAUUUACAAGAUUGUCGUUUAGUAUCAAAAGAUUUAGAAUUUUUAUUAUCAAUGCGUAAUUUACGUUAUUUCAAAGAAUUAAAUUUAAGUAUGAAUAAUUUUGGUACACGUACAUGUGCAAAUUUAAUCUUACAAAUUAUUCCACGUUGUCCAGAAUUAACAAUAUUAUCCAUUGGUUAUUGUUCAUUACAAGCAUCAGCAAUUGGACAAUUAGCUGAUUAUUAUAUAAAAGAAAAAAAUCAUACAAAAAUUUCACUUUUAUCAUUUAAAUCUAUAAUACCUUAUUAUAAUUAUGAAUUUGAUAUUUUAUUACAAAAAUUUGGACAAAUUAAAACAUUAAAAAAACUUUUAUUAUUUCCACAAUUACAUACGUAUCCUGGUGUAAAUGAUGAUGAACGAGAAUUAGUUGCAAGAGAACUUUAUAGAAGAUGUUGUCAAACUCUACAAACAUUAAAUAGACAAGAUUUAGAAUUAUUGUGA